AUUAUCAAGGGUAUGUAAUGUUUAAUAUAGAUAUUUCACGGACCUGAUGAACAUAUAUAAAGAGACAGAAAACAUGUUUAUUUAUCUUCAAUUGGAAAAGUGGUAGUACAGCGCAUGUUUCAUGAUGAUGAAAUUUGUUUUUGCAGUCGCGUGUUUAUACUUGGUGCAGAACACGUGCACAGCAGCUCCUUUAGUUAAGACACCACCGUGUGAGUCCUACUUUCCAUCACAUGUAUGCAAAGAAUACAACCAGUAUGGUAGAAAAUAUAAGAAGCCGGUGGAAGUUGGACCUGAUCUAAAACCAGGAAUGACCGAUGCAAUGGUGGUACCAACAUUGUCACCUGCGCAAAAAUUUCUGCAGUUCAAGAGAAUGUUGAAACAUAAGCUGUACUUUUGGGUGCAAUUCUUGGUAGCUAUUCGCUUGAUACGAGAUAUUCGUGACACUGGUGGUGAUCUGAAAGGACGAUGCGACCAAAGAGUAGAGGAGGCUCCUUAUUAUGUGGACAGACUGUUAAAUCGUGGAAUGCUUGGUCUUUUGAGGCUUGGGUUGGAAGUUAAUGACGACCUUCAUCUCAUUAAACCACCAUGGGAACGAAGCUAGAUUUAUUUACGCUGACUCCCAUCUGUGCAGUGCCAAAUCAUUUUUAUUUUUUGACUAAGUUGAAAAAAAAAAUACUGAGCUGUUUUAAAUUCUA